AUGUUUCACUCGGGAAUCUACCCUGCCAACGCUCCUGAGGGGAGAAAUGAGUGCAGUGGGUGUGGCCAGUGCCAUCGCGCCAAGCAUGAUCUACUGGUGACAGCUGCAAAGCGUUUUUUCUCAUGCACUCGCGCAACAUGCGCGGUUUUUCGUCGGGUGGUGUUUGUAUCGCUGUACCGGACUGAAUGUCAGCUUGAAGACUGCUGCAUAGUAUUCCGAAACCAGGAUGGUGUGGAAGCAGUCAGCCAAGCUCCACAGCUUCUCCAGGAGGGUGCCGAGGCUUUCGCGGAAACAGUUGCUUCGAUUCCCGAGGCGGUCCAGGUCGGUGCUCGUCGUGUGCAGGAAGGUCUUGCGGCCGUUGCACGGAGCGUCUCGCGGUCUUUCUCCGCGGGACCGUCCUACGCACACCGACAUCGAGACAAGGCGGAGGCCCGGGCGCAGGCUAGGGCGAAUAAGGAGGCCGCCAAGCAGUAUCAGAAGCUGCAGUGGACAGAGGCCAUGGAAAGAAACCUUCAGAUGCUGAAGAUCAUCAUCGAGCAUCGGAGAAACCAGCUCCUGCUUGCGGAAAUGGAGGGAGAUUGGGAGAAGAAAGCCGCUCUGGAAACAGAGGUCAAGGAUCUGAAAGUCCGUCAGGCCAGGCUGUCCUGCGCCCUUUGGGUUCAGCCAGAAGACCUUCCUAGCUCAAUGCAGCUGCUGGAAUCAGAAAAUCCCCAGCAGCUUCAACAGGAAUUGGAGCUGCUGUUGGAGAAGCUCGGGCUGGUUCCACCGAGAAAGCAUGGCGUCUUCGAUGCGCGAGAGCUGGUCGCACCAACCUUGGAACAGGCACAAGCCAUCGCAGAGACCAAGCAGGAGUCAGAACCAGCACCUGAACCAGCGCCCGCGGUGGUGCCUGCUUUGGCAUCAGUGGCACGAGAUGCAGAGAAUUUGCAGCAGCAGACCUUACCCUUAACAGGGCUUCGGCUUCCGCUUAGGACAAGCUCCAAUCAGAAAGGAAAGGAGGGGAAAGGUGGAAAGGCUGGCGCAGACGCAUUCGGGAAAGGGAGUGCUGCAGUCGCCGGGGCCAGCGGGCCAAACAACGAUGCAAGCGCUGGACAGAGGUUCGUCGAAGUCCGUGAAGAGCCAGGAAGCCAUGAAGGAGCUGGCAGCCCAGGGAAGGCUUCCGUCAAGGGGCCACCAGGCAAAGGCAAAGGCAAGAAGGGCCCGCCGAUGCCGAGCGACGCAGCCGGAGCUGACGGGAAGGGCAAAGGACAGAAAGGACCUGCACUCCCUGCCGGCAAGGGUGGCCGCAUUCGGAAGGUGACUCCCUUGGGCCGGCGAUUUCACUGGAAAGAACUGCCGGCUGACAAGCUCCAGGGCACCGUUUUUGACGACAUCCAUGCUUCUAACAGCCUGGAAGUGCAGUUUGAUGGGCUCAAAAGCUAUUUUGCGGACGAUGACGAAUUGGGAAAGGCUCCUGGUGCCUCGUCCACGAAGGACACAUUGACAUGGGGCAUGCACGGGUGGCAGGUGCGCGAUCGUCCAUGCGCUUGUGCAUGGUAG